GCGGCCCCAGCACCCCCCUUUUUCUCUGCCCCCCGCCCCCGAGCCGCGGCCAUGGACCUGGCGGAUCCGGCCUGCCCUGGCCCAGCUCAACACCUGAUUUCGGCAAGGUGACCAUUCUGGCUGCUUGUAUGAGUGUGCCAGCCUGGGUGAGAAGGCAGAGACAGGGCCUGAUGUCAGAGGCCAUGGACCAGCCGGCCGGGAGCCCUGGAAACCCGAAGCCAGGAGAGGGUGGUGAGGGCAGCGUGGAGCCGGGCACCUGCCAGGAGCUCCUGCACCGGCUGCGGGAGCUGGAGGCAGAGAACUCGGCACUCGCCCAGGCCAAUGAAAACCAGCGGGAGACCUACGAGCGCUGUCUGGACGAGGUUGCCAACCAUGUGGUGCAGGCGCUGCUGAACCAAAAGGACCUGCGGGAGGAGUGCAUCAAGCUGAAGAAGAGGGUAUUUGACCUGGAACGGCAGAACCAGAUGCUGAGCGCCCUGUUUCAGCAGAAACUUCAGCUCACAGCAGGCUCCCUCCCUCAGAUCCCACUUGCCCCACUCCAGCUGCCUUCAGAGCCACCAGCCACCCCCUCCCUGAGCUCCGCUGAGGGACCGGCCACCUCGCUGCCUCUGGGGCGCUGUACUGGGCAGAGAGAGGUGUGCUGGGAGCAGCAGCUGCGGCCAGGAGGCCCAGGACCCCCGGCCGCCCCACCCCCAGCGCUGGAGGCCCUAUCCCCGUUCCUUCGAAAGAAAGCCCAGAUCCUGGAGGUGCUGAGAGCCUUGGAAGAGACUGACCCCUUGCUUCUGUGCUCACCUGCCACCCCCUGGCCGCCUCCAGGCGAGGGUUCCGGCUCCCCAGAGCCCAUCAAUGGCGAGCUAUGUGGCCCACCUCAGCCUGAACCCUCUCCCUGGGCCCCCUGCCUGCUACUAGGUCCUGGUAGCCUGGGAGGCCUGCUGCACUGGGAGCGCCUCUUAGGGGGCCCAGGGGAGGAAGACAGUGCUGGGCGGCCCUGGGGCCCUAGUAGGGACUCCCCACAGGCCCAGGGCACCGGUUCCGGGCCACCCUGUGCCCCAGGCAGCAGCUCCUCCUCCUCUUCUGAUGAGGCAGGUGACCCCAGCGAGGCACCUAGCCCUGACACCCUGCUCGGGGCCCUGGCCCGCAAACAGUUGAACCUGGGCCAGCUCCUUGAGGACACAGAGUCUUACCUACAGGCCUUCUUGGCCGGGGCUGCUUGCCCACUCGGCGGGGACCAGCCGGGUCCCAGGCAGCCAUCCUCCCCAGACCAGGGGCCCCCACAGCUGUCCAAGUCCAAAGGCCUCCCCAAGUCAGCUUGGGGAGGGGGUACCCCGGAGGCCCACAGGCCGGGCUUUGGUGCUACCUCAGAGGGCCAGGGGCCCCUCCCCUUCCUCAGCGUGUUCAUGGGUGCAGGGGACGCCCCCCUGGGCUCACGGUCUGGCCACCCCCACUCCUCAUCUCAGGUGAAAAGCAAGCUCCAAAUUGGCCCCCCUUCUCCCGGGGAAGCCCAAGGACCCCUUCUGCCCUCUCCAGCCAGAGGUCUCAAGUUUCUAAAGCUGCCUCCAGCCUCAGAGAAGGUACCCAGCCCAGGGGGCCCCCAGCUCAGCCCCCAGCUCCCCCGGAACUCCCGAAUCCCCUGUCGGAACAGUGGCUCAGACGGCAGCCCCUCCCCGCUGCCGGCCCGCAGGGGUCUGGGCGGAGGAGAGCUGUCCCCAGAGGGGGCGCAGGGCCUGCCCACCAGCCCGUCACCCUGCCCCACAACCCCAGAUUCUGCACAGCUCAGACCUCCCCAGCCAGCCUUGUCCACUACACUUUCCCCGGGACCAGUGGUGUCUCCUUGCUACGAGAACAUUCUGGACCUUUCCCGGAGCACCUAUAGGGGGCCUUCCCCAGAGCCACCUCCAUCCCCGCUGCAGGUGCCCACCUACCCACAACUAACUCUGGAGGUGCCACGGGCCCCUGAGGUCCUCAGAAGCCCUGGAGUCCCCUCCAGCCCCUGCCACCCAGAAUCCUGCCCCUAUGAGAGUGCCCAGGAGAAGAGUUUGGACAAGGCAGGCUCGGAGUCUCCCCACCCUGGCCGCAGGACCCCAGGCAGCUCGUCCAAGAAACCUGGCCAAGGGCCGGCCCGGCGACAUGGGGAUCCUGGCUACACACCUCUGCGGGACAGACUAGCAGCCCUGGGGAAACUGAAGACUGGCCCCGAGGGGCCCCAGGGCCCAGAAAAGAAUGGGGUGCCAGCUAGGCCUGGCACUGAGAAGGCCCGGGGAGGAGGGAAGUCAGGGGAGAGCACUGGAGACACAGCGCCCUCUGCCUCCAGGCCCCCUGAGCAGCCAGAAGCCAAGGGGGCCCUGCGGGGGGCUGUGGCCUUAGGCACAAGCAGCCUGAAGCAACAGGAAUCUGGGCUCCUGGGGGACCCUGGGUCCCGAGUCUACUCUUCCCACUCCAUGGGGGCCCGGGUGGACCUGGAGCCUGUCUCACCAAGGAGCUGCCUCACCAAAGUGGAGCUGGCCAAGAGCCGGCUGGCAGGGGCCCUGUGCCCCCAGGUACCCCGCACCCCUGCCAAAGUGCCAACCUCAGCCCCCAGCCUCGGCAAGCCCAAUAAGAGUCCCCACGGCAGCCCGACAAAGCUGCCUUCUAAGUCGCCCACCAAGGUGGUGCCCCGACCUGUGGCCCCACCAGCCACCAAGGAGCCCCCCAGGCCUGACAAGGGGAAGGGCCCACCCUGGGCAGACUGCGGCGGCACUACGGCCCAGCCCACACCCCCAGCGCCUGGCCCUGCCGACCCAGGCCCAGGCCCUGAGGGGCGGGCCCCACACUCGGCCAUUGAGGAGAAGGUGAUGAAGGGCAUCGAGGAGAACAUGCUGCGGCUCCAGGGCCAGGAGCGGGCCCCCGGCACCGAGGCCAAGCACCGCAACACUAGCAGCAUCGCCAGCUGGUUCGGCCUUAAGAAGAGCAAGCUGCCAGCGCUGAACCGCCGCACAGAGGCCGCCAAGGGCAAGGAAGGGGCUGGCGGGGGCUCCCCGCUCCGGAAGGAGGUCAAGAUUGAAGCCCGGAAGCUGGAGGCUGAGAGCCUCAACAUCUCCAAGCUGAUGGCUAAGGCGGAAGACCUGCGCCGGGCACUGGAGGAGGAGAAGGCCUACCUGAGCAGCAGGGCCCGGCCACGGCCCGGGGGACCAGCGCCAGCGCCCAGUGCAGGCCUGGGGCAGGUGCAGGGCCAGCUGGCCGGCAUGUACCAGGGUGCGGACACCUUCAUGCAGCAGCUGCUCAACAGGGUGGAUGGCAAGGAGCUGCCCCCCAAGAGCUGGCGGGAGCCCAAACCUGAGUAUGGUGAUUUCCAGCCAGUGUCCUCUGACCCCAAGAACCCCUGGCCGGCCUGUGGGCCCCGAAAUGGCCUGGUGGGCCCUCUUCAGGGCUGUGGGAAACCUCCUGGGAAGCCAAGCAGCGAGCCGGGGAGGCGGGAAGAGAUGCCCUCAGAGGACAGUCUGGCUGAGCCAGUGCCCACCUCACAUUUCACAGCCUGUGGCUCUUUGACUCGAACUCUGGACAGUGGCAUUGGGACCUUCCCGCCCCCAGACCAUGGCAGCAGUGGGACCCCCAGUAAGAAUCUUCCCAAGACCAAGCCACCACGGCUGGAGCCCCCGGCCGGGGUGCCCCCAGCUCGGCCCCCACCCCUUACCAAAGUCCCCCGCCGUGCCCACACACUGGAGCGUGAGGUGCCUGGCAUAGAGGAGCUGCUGGUGAGCGGGCGGCACCCCAGCAUGCCGGCCUUCCCCGCCCUGCUCACCGCUGCUCCGGGCCACCGGGGCCAUCAGACCUGUCCCCACGAUCCUUGUGAAGACCCUGGCCCUCCUGCUCCUGUCCAGCUGGCCAAGAACUGGACCUUCCCCAACGCGAGGGCAGCCAGCGGCUCCUCUGACCCUUUCCUAUGCCCGCCCCGACAACUGGAGGGGCUGCCCAGGACCCCCAUGGCCCUGCCCGUGGACGUGGACGGAAAGCGGAGCCUGGAGCCCAGCCGCCCAGCCCCUGCGCCCCAGGGCCCAGCGUUUGGGGGUAGCCGCACCCCCAGCACAUCGGACGUGGGCGAGGAAGGGAGAGUGGCCAGUGGGGGUCCCCCGGGGCUGGAGACCUCAGAGUCUCUCAGUGACUCACUCUAUGACUCGCUGUCCUCCUGCGGGAGUCAGGGCUGAGCGGUUGCAGCGGCCACGCCCCGCUCUGGCGUCGGAGACCGCGGACUGGGCCGGCUCGCCUCACGCCCCGCCCCCUCGGGGCCCGUGGGGCCCUUCCCUGAAGGGACCAAGGAGGUAGAUGGACAAGAAGGUGAAGGGGGUCCCCGGCACACCCCACUGCCCGCCGCUGCUGUGGAGGAGAUGACCGCUCUCAGCUCAGGGAGAGACCCCACCCUUGGUCCCUUCUCUCACCCAGAGUAAGGCUCUUCCUCUGCGGGACUGGGGGUUCAAGGCCGCUGUGUCCCGGCCCCCAGCUCCCACUUCAGGCUGAGCCAUCUUGUGGUGCUGGGCUUCCUGCCCACCAGCCGUGCCAUCUCCACCCACCCUGGCAGCUCCCCUGCCUCAGAAGCCCCGUGCUGGUGGAGUUCAGGGGCGAGGGGUCAAGUUGCCUUCUCUCUGUCUGCCCUGGCCCUCCCCGCUGUCUGGAUGGUGCUGCCCUCUCCUGCCCCAUGUCUUUGGGACCCAUUUGUCUGUCUUUUUUGUUGUUUUUUUUUUUAUAUAUUAAAGCACCUGGCCCAAUCUCCACCCGCCCGCGCCAACCCCCCCCCAACCAUCCCCGCACUGCGGUUAAUUUAUCUGUUGUUAAAAACGCGGCUGCUCUGCUUCCAGCCUCUGCUUCUGCCGUAUCCCUAAUAAAACCUGG